AUGAGGUUUCUAAAUUUUGUCCCUAAAGCGCUCUCAUUUUUAUGUAUUUUCUCUUCUACAUAUUCCUACAAUGUAACCGAUGAGGAUAACCUCAUAAAAGAUCUGUUUUCGAACUACAAUAAAGAACUUCGAGCAGGAAGUGACAGAACUUACCCAGUAAACGUUUCAAUUGCCUUCUACCUUUAUGCAAUUAAGGAAUUCGUGGAGUCUAGCAGUAAAUUCACGGUUAAUGGCGUGUUUUGGACCGUUUGGCGCGACGAUAGAUUAAGCUGGGAUCCUACCAAGUAUAAUAACAUUACUAGAAUAAUUGUAUCUCAAGAUAAAAUAUGGACACCAAUGUUGGUAAAUAUCAACCCGUUCAAAGAAGUGGCUGGACUCAGAAAUUACCUUGUAAAUAUUAUUGUGGAAAGUGAUGGAUCAUGCAAAUGGACACCUAUGCAAUCUUUUGACGUCAUUUGUGACGCUGAUGUUACAAACUAUCCAUUUGAUAAGCAGUACUGUAUGCUUAAGUUCCAUGCAUAUAGUCUUGAAGAAGAAUGCAUGAAUGUUACUUUUCGAAGAUCAAGAGUUCUUUUAUCAAAUAACGAAAGUUCAAAAGUUAUUUUAUCAAAUUACGAAGAAAGUGGGUUAUGGAAAAUUAAAGACACAGAAUGCUACUCACAAUCCUCUAAUCGUUUUUCAGAGGUUAUCAUAGGCCUUCACUUAAAAAGGAGGUCUGUUUACUACAUAGUAGGACUUAUUCUUCCCAUGACAUUUGUUUCUAUCCUACAGUCAUUCGUUUUCCUACUUCCGAAUGAUUCAGGCGAGAGGGUAGGCUUUUCUGUAACGGUACUUUUAGCUAGUGUUGUAUUCCUGACAAUCAUUCAAGGAAAACUUCCCGAGUCCUCUGAGCCAAAUAUUUCCUUACUUGGCCUCCUACUUCUAGGCUUCAUCAGUGAAGGAACGCUCGUUACUUUAUGCGUGAUUCUCAGUUCUAACAUCCAUCUGUCUGAGGAAUCCAAACCUGUGCCAAACUGGGUAAAGGUGGUGUUUUGUUUUAAACCUACGAAAGAAAGAGACACGAAUAUUUUGAAGGUUGCUGCUGGAGAGAGUUCAAGGAAGAAAGCGUCAGAACUCUGCUCCUGGAUUCAUAUAGCAAGAAAGUUUGACAAACUUUGCUUUAUCAUUUCCUUGCUUUUGUAUGCCACUCAAAUAUUUAUCUAUUUUGCAAUAGUUUUGUGA